UUCACAUGGUUGCCUCUCAGUCGUUUGCGUGCAUGCAGUUCAACUACAAGUGAAGUUUUGACACAUACACAGAAUUCCGUUCGAGUUAGCAGACGUGCAUGAAAGGAUUAUCAUAUAGUUUUUAAACAUGACUAACACUACGAAUUGGGGAUUUUUGACAGAUAUGCCUGGAUAUUCCGGACACUUUAGCAACUUCCAGGAACCCCCAGCUGAUUAUGACGGAGUGAUGCACAGACCAAUGAAGCACCGGCCGACCCCCACUGUCAGUUCUGACCAGGAUGACGUCGAUGGAGAUGACGCCGACGGAAACGCCAAGUCACUCAAACGGGUUUUGACGAGAUUUGCCGAAAGGACGUCGAUGCAAGGCGUCCCUUACAUCCUGGCAUCGAAACACCCGAUCGCCAAGCUGAUGUGGGUAAUCUUCCUCCUCCUGGCCAUGGCCGCCAUGUUCCUGCACCUGUACUUCCUGUUCAGCACGUUCUACAGCUACCAGAAGCAGUCCCAGGUUCUGCUGGGUUUCAGCAAGCUCCGGUUCCCAGCCGUGACCAUCUGCAACAUGAACGCCGUCAGACGAUCUCGGCUGAAGACGAACGGCAGCCAGCAGCUGAAGGACUUUGUGGAUUCGGUCAGGCCGUCACAGCUUGUGCUGAGACUAAAGAAGAAGGGACAUAGCGGUCCAGCUCACCCUCCAGGUGGUGGAAGUCAAGGGCCAAGCCAGGGUGGUACAGCACCGACUCAAAAUGGUACAGGACAAACUGGAGGUGGUACAGGACAGACUCAAGGCGGUACAGGACAGUCUCGAGGUGAUACAGGACAGUCUCAAGGCGGUACAGGACAGUCUCAAGGUGGUACAGGACAGUCUCAAGGUGGUACAGGACAGACUGAAGGUGGUACAGGACAGUCUCAAGGUGCUACAGGGCAGUCUCAAGAUGGUACAGGACAGACUCAAGGUGGUACAGGGCAGUCUCAAGGUGAUACAGGACAGACUCAAGGUGGUACAGGACAGACUCAAGGUAGUACAGGGCAAAGUGGAAGUGGCUCCACGCAAAGUGGAAGUGGUACGGAACAAGGUCAAGCCGGUACAGGGCAGAAUCAAGGUAGUACAGCACCUCCCUGGAAGAGAAAUAAACGAUUUGUAGAUACCCUCGAGUUCAACUUUACGAACAAACGAGAUAGAUUUCUGAAAAAGGAAAAGGAAUUUGACGAAGAAAAUAGUUUCUUUUCUGGAAAGAGAUCAUCUCUACGUGGAAUACAAGAUGAAUUUUUAUAUUUGUUGUACCAACAUCCGAGAAAUAUUCGGCGAGAAAUGGGACAUCAGAUAGAAGAUAUGCUGGUUGACUGCAGUUUUGAUGGAAUAGUUUGUAGCGACGAUGAUUUUAAAUUAGUGCCGUCGCCUACAUAUGGGAACUGCUUCACAUUAGAAAAUGACCUGUUUGUUGUGAGGAAGAACGGCCCCUCGCAUGGCUUGGAAUUGAUUCUGUUCCUGGAGACUCAAGAGUUUCUGCGAGGAAUCUCCCGUGGUAACGGAAUAGUGGUGCAGGUGCACCAGCCUAGGACUUGGGCGUUUCCAGAAGAUGACGGCUUGUACAUCUCUACCUACCAGGAGACGAACAUCGCCAUGAGGAUGAAAAAUAUACAACGAUUGGGGUCACCAUUCGGACAUUGUGAAACUGGGCAUCACUACAGAACGGUUUACAACAUAACCUACACAAGACAGACAUGCCAGUCAAUCUGCCACAGCAAAGACAUGUACGCACGGUGCAACUGUUACGAUGAAAAGGACGAGAUGAUACAAGUGAUUGAAAACUUCACAGACGAAGACUUUCCCAGAUGCCAAACUGACAAAGAAAUCGAAUGUCAGAUGGCCUUACAGCGACAGUGGGCAAUCGGAAGCAUCAAAUGUGACUGUCCAAAUCCUUGCAGCGAGAAUUCCUACCAACGUCUGUUGAGUUCCCGCAACUGGCCAUCUGACGAGUACUCACUGCUGUUGGUAGAAAGCAUUUGUAAAGAGAGAUCUGAUUCUGUAUGCAAGGAAUACACCAAGAUGGAUAUGAGACAGCUGAAUUUGAACUUUCUGAAACUAAAUAUUUUCUUCGAAGAUUUGAACUAUGAAAAUAUCACUGAAGUACCCAGCUAUGAGAAGUCUCAGUUUUUAUCGGAUAUUGGCGGAACGAUCGGUUUAUGGAUUGGUCUGUCCUUGCUGAGCAUAGCCGAGGUGGGACAGUUCGCGUGCGAGUUCUUCCACUACAUAUGUUACGUCAAAGUUAAGCAGACGACACGACGUAAGAACAGAAAAUGCUGGGAAAACGCUGCCCAAGACAUGAACCAGAAGAGAAGUGUCGUGAAAUCCUUUUUUACGGAUUACGGCAACAGUGCGGGACUAGGGAGAAAAGAGAACCCACUUCCGGACAGAUUAUCAACGAGUGUUUCUUCGUCACGGAGAGAUGCCUCGCUGUUUUAAAGAGACUCUGACUAUGUAUUGAGUUUUUUUCAUUAGAGAAUGUUUCCGACUAAUAAAAUCUUAGGGCGGGAUUUAGCUCAGUCGGUUGAGUGCUCGCUAGAGGUGCUUACGUUGCAGGAUCGA